UAUAAUCCAUUUCUUUCAUCAAACAAUCUUAAUCUCUUAAAUCAAAAAUAUUUAUAAAAAACAUAAUAUUUAGAAUUUAAAAGAAUUAAUUAAUUUAAUUAAUUAAUUAAUUUAAUUAAUUAACAUAAAAAAAAGAGUUACGUGUUUGUUAUACAUGUGUGUAUUAUCAAAGGUGGCGAACCAAAGGGGUGAUCAAGGGUUUUCAUCAGCAUCAUCAAGCGGUGCAAGAAGAACAACCAACGGUGGAGAUGAAGAGAGAGAAAGUCCUGUAACCACCAUGGAAGCUCAACAAGAACCUGUUUUGAGAACUAAUUGGGAAACUUCGGCUAUGGUUAUGGCUUUAACUGAUGUUAUUUCGGGUCGAGGCGGGUGCGACUUUGGUACUGUUGCUGUUGAUAUUGGUGGGUGGUCCGACCCGUUUUCUUUUGGUGGGUACCCGACUAUGUCGCCGGGUGUGUGGGUUGGGCAGAAAAGAGGAAGGGAAGAAACGCGUGGUGGUGAUUUUGCGGACUUUCCGUUUUUGUAUGGUGGUUUUAGCGGCGGUGCUGGUGGUGGUGGUGAAGGGGAAUCAUCGUCAAGUGCAAGUGGAGUUAAGGAAGAAUUACAAAGUCCAAGUUCCGUUCAAAUACCAUCACAUUCCCAUUCGAGCUCAGUAGUCAGCACCACCACAACUCUCACUUCAAUCGACCAACCGCCGCCAACCACCAUAGCUCCCACCGUACCCUCAGCCCAAGAAGAGCCCCAAGGAGGAGAGCGUAAGCGUCGAUACAGGGGAGUCCGCCAACGACCUUGGGGCAAAUGGGCUGCUGAAAUACGCGACCCGCACAAAGCUGCCCGAGUUUGGCUCGGCACAUUCGACACAGCCGAGGCCGCCGCUCGCGCCUACGACGAGGCGGCACUCCGCUUUCGUGGUAACCGAGCCAAACUCAACUUUCCUGAGUUCGUCCAAUCUGUCCCUCCACCCACCGCCUGCCCAUCCCCACCAACCGGCACCGGAAUCCUACCGGCGCGGACUCUUUUUCAGCCCAACCGACCGGCCCGAACAAUCCAUUUUCAACCACAAUUACAACAACAGAUCAACACAAAUAAUCAAGUUAGAGAUUACUGGGAAUACUCCCAACUUUUACAAAGUUCAGGGGAUUUCAACUUUCCAGGGUUACAACAAAUUCUAUACCCAUCAACAUGUCAGCCAUUGAUGGGCCCACCUUCACUCUCCUUUUCUUCAUCAUCAUCAGGAAUGUCAAACUUGCAGUAUCCACAUAUUUUCUCUGGUGAUCAAACCUCCAUUUUUAGACCUCCAGGAAAUCAUAAUAAUAAUAAUAAUAAUAAUAAUAAUAAUAAUAAUAAUUGGUCUCAAAAUGAUCCUUAUAACCCUCCAUCUUCCUCCAGCUAGAUCUUUAAUUCUUUGAUUUUCAUCAAAUCCUGUUUAAUUUCUAGGAAGGAAUUAAAUGUUCUUCUAAUUUUCUUUUUUUAAAAAAAAAUACAAUAAUUGUUAUAUGUUUUCAUUCCAAUUUUCCAAAGGCAUCACUUUAUAUAAUGAUAGAAAUGAUAGAAUCAUGGAAGUAGAAGUGUAACUUGAUGGUAGAUGAUGUAGGUGGAUCUAAGGUUGGAAAUUAAGUUAUAUAUAAGUUUGAAGGUUGUAUGUAUAAAAAUAGAUACAGGUAUGUAUUAGUAUUACAUUACACAUUGUACCAAUUUUAUUUUAGUAGAAAUACAAGAUAAGAUAAAGCAUAGAAGAAUUGGUAUAAUUAUAUCAUGUACUUUUCAACAUUAUACUUCUAUGAAGUUAUUAAAUCCAUUGAUGUUGAUAAUAUUGUUUUAAAAUGU